UAGAAGUCUUUGCGGCUCGGCGACGAAAAUCUCGGGGAGCGGGCCCAGUAAUGCAGUAGUCAGUGCUGGUUCAGACCGAGCUGAUGUUUGUGGCAGCGGUAAGUAGCAGGUUGGAGUGGGUGCAGCUGAACGAGACCCGUCUGGUGGAGCUUAGGCUGGUUCACCUGGUGCUGCUGCUGCUUGGGGUUUUGAGGCUACGGCCUCGAUCGCCUCCUUCGCACCGUGGGAGCGAGCGUUUGUAUGCUCUCCUUUAGAUCAGCUUCGGAGAACUUAAGAGUUAGUAUUAGGGGAUCUGCAAGUGGUGCGAAAUUGCGGUAGUGGCCCCAUGUGUUGUGAUUCAUCGCUGCUGCAGAAGGAAUGAGAGGCGUGGAAUGAAUUAGAGAGGUUGGAGAUGAGGUCUUACAGCAUAUAAGGUGUUUCGAAGUGGAGCAGGGUAUUUUAAGAGUGUAAAUGAGGAAUUGUGAUUCGCAGAUCUAUUAGCUGGUUGAAAUGCGAUGGUGUAAUGCCUGGCUGGGAUUUGCUCCAGUGAUGCUUUGGUUGUGUUUCUGGGAGCUCCACUUCAAACAACUUGCAGGGGAGGCAAGGGAUCCAGUCACAAUACAUUGGUACGAGUCACUCGAGGAUGCUUCGUGAAUGCAACCUCAACUUUAUUUUAAGCAGGUUUACUGAUCCUUUGCUGAACAGCAGUAGAGGAGAAUGCAUCUAGUGAAAGGGUUUUCAGCACUUCUAUGCAGAGACCCGCCGGGAUAAUAUGGGGGAGAGGUUGUGGUCAACAAUUUGUUGGGAGGAAGUGAUGCCUAAGAGACUGGCUGCAGGAAUUGAAGUGUCCAGACACCGAGCAUCUUUUAGACAAUUGCACAUGACAGGGCCCAUCGAAUAUCUGACGACUUUGUUACUGUUUAUUCUACUGUUUCUAGGCGUGUCCGCGGAGACAAACGACGAAAGGUCCCUUUUCAGAUUUCUUGAUAAUGUUCUACCGAAUUACACAGCUCUCUACAACACAACGGUUCCUGCUUGUGAAUGGCCUGAGAUAACUUGCAUCGAUCGGGGUCAGAAAGCAAAAAUAUGGUCACUUAACUUUAGUGGCCGCGGGUUGAAUGGGACCAUAUUACCUGGUACUCUGGGGGCUCUCACAUCAUUGACAAACCUCGACCUGUCACACAAUCUUCUUUCAGGGGAAAUUCCUGAAGACAUCUUCAAUCUGUCUAGUCUCACACAUCUCAAGCUUGCCAACAAUAAGCUGGGAGGCGGGUUAGCUGAUUUGGUGAGCAAUCUUGUUCAGCUGGGAACCCUGGACCUCUCACAGAAUAUGCUAUCUGGACCCUUACCUCAGAGGCUUGAUAGUAUGUUCUUAAAUGUUUUGGAUCUUCACUCUAACAAUUUCUCUGGACGAAUUCCAAGUAUGCUUAGUCUGCCAAAUCGACUCCAAACGCUGGACCUUUCGUCUAAUCAGCUGAUUGGGGAGGUGAAUCAUGCAUACGAGAAUCUUUCCCAGCUGAAAUAUCUUAACCUCAGCAGAAACCUAUUGACUGAAGCGUUACCUGGGCACUUUGAUAAGCUUGGAGCACUUCGUUUCCUUGAUUUCUCGUCGAACAGAUUUUAUGGUAGUAUUCCUGAUUCACUGACUAAGCUUCCGGAAUUAAUACAACUCUCACUGGCUAAUAACAGACUUACAGGUCCACUUCCACCACUACCAUGGGGUAAUGGUGACAACCAUGUACUAAUGUUUCUAGAUUGCAGUAACAACUUGUUAAAUGGUAGCAUACCUGAAGGACUUCUUGCAUCCGCAAACUUGGAAGUUGUGAGACUUGCAGGCAAUAACUUUACAGGGCCUUUACCAGUGGAUUUUUCUGCUAAAUUACGGGAGUUGGAUCUUCAGAACAACAACUUAAAUGGCAGUAUCCCGCAGAAGGUCACUACGCUUCGAGCACUGCAAAAGCUGGAGCUUUCUUCAAAUCAUUUGGGUGGUAAUAUUCCAUGGAACUUCUUUGAGUCAAGUUCCCUGCAGUAUUUGGGCUUGGGUAGGAAUUCUUUCGAGGGAGGUCCACUGCUAAACGUCACCUCAGUGGCCAAGAUCUUACACCUUAAUCUCUCCUCAUGUAAAAUUAAAGGCUCCAUACCAGAUUUACUUGCUGCUUCUCUUGAUAGAUUGCAGUGUCUAGAUCUUUCUCACAACCAUCUGAAUGGUAGCAUCCCAUCAUCUCUAUUCUAUAUGACCACUUUAGAGUAUUUGGACCUGUCCUUCAACAAACUGACGGGUGCGAUCCCAUCCACGCUUACUGAACUUCCAUCCCUUCGCUACUUGAAUUUUUCUUAUAACAACUUGACUGGAGAAGUUCCACGUUCAGGUUUUAAUAGUUCUUCUUUUCAAGGCAAUCCAGAACUCUGUGGUUUAAUUCUUACCAAAUCCUGCCCUGGUCAGUCUCCUGAGACACCAAUUUACUUACAUCUUCAUCGCAGACGCCACAGAGUGGGAGCUAUUGCUGGUAUUGUAAUAGGAACUAUAGUUUCCUCCUGUAGUUUCGUUAUCAUUGCGCUCUUCUUGUACAAAAGGAAACCCAAGAAACUGCCAGCUAAAGAGGUCUCUAAGUACCUCUCGGAAGUUCCAAUGACGUUUGAAGCAGAUUCAAACUCGUGGGCAGUCCAAGUUCCUCACCCCGGUUCAAUUCCAGUAAUUAUGUUCGAGAAGCCUCUCCUAAACCUCACAUUUGCAGAUCUUCUGCGCGCCACAUCUAUCUUCCACAAGGACAACCAAAUAUCCGAUGGGCACUAUGGUCCCAGCUACAAAGGUGCGUUACCAGGAGGCUUAAAGAUAGUUGUGAAGGUUUUAUUUUUAGGUUGCCCAGCUAAUGAGUAUGAAAAAGUAGCACAACUCGAGGCAUUGGGAAAGAUUAGACACCCCAACCUUUUGUCUCUUAUGGGCUACUGCUUGGUGGGAGGAGAACGACUGCUGGUGUAUGAAUUCAUGGAAAAUGGAGAUGUUCAAAGACGCCUACAUGAGCUACCUGAAGUGCCAUGCGCAGGCAACCAGGACCCAGAGGACUGGUCGAAGGAUACCUGGGAACAUUCAGACAGUGUUACUAAAAUUGAUGAUUUGAGCUGGCCAGUUCGUUACCGCAUUGCCCUUGGAGUGGCUCGAGCACUGGCCUUUUUGCACCACAAUUGCUCUCCACAACUGGUUCAUCGGGAUGUGACUUCCAGUAACAUUUUGCUGGAUUCUCUUUACGAGCCUCAUUUAGCAGAUUAUGGCCUGGCAUCCCUGAUCACUUCUGAAAAUCUUUUGGAGACUCCUGCUAUAUGUGGAGCUCCAGGAUACCUACCUCCAGAAUACGGGCAGGCGUGGAAGGCCACUACGCGUGGUGAUGUGUACAGUUUUGGUGUGGUGCUGUUGGAAUUGGUGACAGGGAAGAGACCAAUAGGACACUUCCAUGACAGCCUUAGUGGGCAUCUGGUGGGCUGGGUUCGCUCUUUGAUGCGAGAGAAGCGGGCUUACAAAUGUCUAGACCCCAAGUUGGCCUGUACUGGAGUUGAGAAUGAGAUGUUGGAGACCCUGCGAAUAGGUUACCUCUGCACAGCGGAGCUUCCUUCCAAGCGGCCAACGAUGCAGCAGAUUGUUGGUCUGCUGAAGGACACCCAACCAAAGUUGACGAAUUCGUAAUGCCAUUCGAAUCGACGUGCACCUUCUGUGCUGUAUAGUAGACUACACGUUUCUUCUCUAGUAGGCAGGUAAGAACUAAGACUAUAUCACCAGCUCAGGUUUGUGAGAUAGCUGAAUUGUUCUUGCUUCACAUAGCAGGUAAAUUUUGAAUUCAAAGCACUCCUCCCCUAGGCCUGGGAAAUAAACUCUCUAAACCUCGGUCUAGAGCUGAGCAUUUCUGCCCCAUUUUUGUUAAAUACUUCAUCUAUUAACCACAACAUCAAUUGAUGUUCCAUACCAAACUC